UGAAAGUGUCGGGAGCUGGCGCCGGGCUCUUCUCGACGCGGGCAGGAGCGACAGGGGCGGCAGGCGUCGUUGGCCGAGCCGAGGCCGGGCGGCCCGAGUCCGCAGGGAUGAACCUCGAGCUACUCGAGUCCUUUGGGCAGAACUACCCAGAGGAAGCUGAUGGAACUUUGGAUUGUAUCAGCAUGGCCCUCACUUGUACCUUUAACAGAUGGGGCACACUGCUUGCGGUUGGUUGUAAUGAUGGCCGAAUUGUCAUUUGGGAUUUCUUGACAAGAGGCAUUGCAAAAAUAAUUAGUGCACACAUCCAUCCAGUCUGUUCUCUAUGUUGGAGCCGAGAUGGUCAUAAACUCGUGAGUGCUUCCACUGAUAAUAUAGUGUCACAGUGGGAUGUUCUUUCAGGAGACUGCGACCAGAGGUUUCGAUUCCCUUCGCCCAUCUUGAAAGUCCAGUAUCAUCCACGAGAUCAGAACAAGGUUCUCGUGUGCCCCAUGAAAUCUGCUCCUGUCAUGUUGACCCUUUCAGAUUCCACACACGUUGUUCUGCCAGUAGAUGAUGACUCCGAUUUGAAUGUGGUGGCAUCCUUCGAUAGGCGAGGGGAAUAUAUCUACACAGGAAAUGCAAAAGGCAAGAUUUUGGUCCUAAAAACAGAUUCUCAGGAUCUUGUUGCUUCCUUCAGAGUAACAACUGGAACAAGCAAUACUACAGCCAUAAAGUCAAUUGAGUUUGCCCGGAAGGGGAGUUGCUUCUUGAUUAACACAGCAGAUAGAAUAAUCAGAGUUUAUGAUGGCAGAGAAAUCUUAACCUGUGGAAGAGAUGGGGAACCUGAACCCAUGCAGAAAUUGCAGGACUUGGUGAACAGGACCCCGUGGAAGAAGUGUUGCUUCUCUGGUGACGGGGAGUACAUAGUGGCAGGCUCUGCCCGGCAGCAUGCUCUGUACAUCUGGGAGAAGAGCAUUGGCAACCUGGUGAAAAUUCUCCACGGGACGAGAGGAGAGCUGCUCCUGGACGUGGCCUGGCAUCCUGUGCGACCCAUCAUAGCAUCCAUUUCUAGUGGAGUCGUCUCUAUUUGGGCACAAAAUCAAGUUGAAAAUUGGAGUGCCUUCGCACCAGAUUUCAAAGAGUUGGAUGAAAAUGUAGAGUAUGAAGAAAGGGAAUCAGAGUUUGACAUUGAAGAUGAAGACAAGAGUGAGCCUGAACAGACAGGUGCUGAUGCUGCAGAAGAUGAGGAAGUAGAUGUCACCAGUGUGGACCCCAUAGCUGCCUUCUGCAGCAGUGAUGAAGAGCUGGAAGAUUCAAAGGCUCUGUUAUAUUUACCCAUUGCCCCUGAGGUAGAAGAUCCAGAGGAAAAUCCCUAUGGCCCCCCACCGGAUGCAGUCCAAACCUCCUUGAUGGAUGAAGGGGCUAGUUCAGAGAAGAAGAGGCAGUCCUCAGCUGAUGGAUCCCAGCCGCCCAAGAAGAAACCCAAAACAACCAACAUCGAACUUCAAGGAGUCCCAAAUGAUGAAGUCCAUCCACUACUGGGUGUGAAGGGGGAUGGCAAAUCCAAGAAGAAGCAAGCAGGCCGGCCUAAAGGAUCAAAAGGUAAAGAGAAAGAUUCUCCAUUUAAACCGAAACUCUACAAAGGGGACAGAGGGUUACCUCUGGAAGGAUCAGCGAAGGGUCAAGUGCAGGUGGAGCUCAGCCAGCCCUUGACAGCAGGAGGAGCGAUCUCAGAAUUGUUAUGAAGACCCUGAAGUUCUUCGUGCUUUCCCCUUGCCAUCAUGUGGCCUCUGGACAGUGUGGUCAGUCAUUUGAGAUUGACUUUAAUUUAAAACAAAGGCCUCUGCCUCCCACCCUGGAGGUGGAAGGGAGUGAAUUUACGUUUGAAUGAAGAAGUGAAUUAUGAAAGAAGAAUAUACAUCCUCUACCUUCCCUUUCAAGCGUAAGUCCAAAUAGGCUCUCAGGAAUGAGGAUUGUGAAGAUACCGCAUAGAGGUAUUUUUGACCUAAAUCUCAAGGCUUAGUUGCAGUACUGGGGAAACGACAUAUUUGCUCAUCUGACUAUUUUUCCAGCAUCCUUUUGACCAUUUUUCUAUCUCCUGUUUUGCUUUCUGUCCUCAAUGCAUGUCCCCAGGUGAUUUGUCCUUAUCUGAAGUUUUGCAACCUGUAUCCUAGGAAAACUUGGGCUACGGAUUCUCCUUCAUUUUUAAAAUUACCAUCUCUUCAGGUACCUCCUGUGUUUCCAUUACUGGUACAAAUGAUGGACAGAAAAGAAAAAAUGCCUGAAAGAUUGAAAUUUUCAGAAAGGGAGAAAAAAGGAGACAGCCACUGCUCCUGCCACACCCCAUUCUGCUCCAGACAAUGGGUAAUAAGAGAUUCAGGGUUCCUUAUUCAUUGCAUGUUUUCUUCCCGUAUUGGUUCAUUCUCAUUAAUCAUGGUGUUUUGAAGAUUCUCCAGUGAAGAAUCAUCAGUAGUUGAUCUUUUUCUGUGCUGGUUUCCAAAGAUGGAAACACACCACUGUAUUUCUCAGCAAAGUUUUUUACUGGGGUUGGGGGGGAGUGGGCUGGGGGGAGACCCUAUGCAAGGACUAAGUAAAACCAUCAAAAUCAAAGCAGCAGUAGCAGAGUUUAAAUCAAAGACCAAGGUCCAGUUUUUUACCACUACCGGUGGAAAUCUGUCCUCACCCAUCAUCAUCCCUUCCCUUGCUGUGUCUGUGCUCCUUUUUCUCAUUGUACUUUCAGUCACUUCCUUUCUGUGAAAGGUUGCUUAGCUCCCUCCCCAACCCUUCUGCCGUUCUUUAUAUGAAAAGUAGAAGAUUGGAUGGAUGUGUAUAUUAGGGUAGGAGUUUGGAAUUUUCUGAGAAUCCCAGUCAGGAAGCCAGGUCUAGAAAGGACUCAGUAGCCUUGCCAAAGGGGGCUUUCAGCUGAGCAGUAAGUGCAUUUGCUGGAGUGAAGGAGACUUUCAAUCCUAUGUUAAUCAUGAAACCUCUGUCCAUUGGGGGAGGCUCCUAUAGGUAGCCAAACAUGUUGAUUGCCGUGUAGAUGUUAGGAUAAAAA